UCACGAUCGGGCCAAGACUUGUGCAACCAACAACCAACAACCAACAACCAACGAGCAACAAAAAAACAAAAAAAUCAAAAAAAGCCGGGCUUGCCAGUUGAUCAGUGAUCAGUGAUCGAUCAGCUCUUGUGGAGCUUUUUUGUGGAUCCCAUUCGGGAUUGCCCCUCGAAAACCGAUCGACGAUCGCCGAACGCGGUGCUGGGAAAGCUUCCCAAAACUCACCACAGAUCUCACCGUGUAAUAAAAGAAGCAAUUUUGACUUCGUCUGGGGCUUUGGUGUCAGAGAGGGGUUCGAGAAAUUGUGCGCGGCAUCGUAGCAAACAGUGUAAAUGGAGCUUUGAUAGCGAUCGGAAGGACAAAACUUGCUCUCCGCCGACCAAAACUCCAAACAAGUGUUUUUUUUCCCCCAAAUCAGUGUGUUAACCAAAAAAAAAAAAAUAUUUAACCAAAACUAUAGGAAAAAACUGUGUGCAGCAAAAACGGACAAAUACUGAUCGAAUUGCAAGUCCAACUCAAGAUGGCAAAACUAUUUGUGGUUUUUGCCGUUUUGGCUUUGGCGGCCUUUAACGAAGCCACGGCCAAUGAGAGCGAUCCGCUGCUGAGAUUCAGGCGACAGGCCACCACCGAGGAGACCAAGAAGGAGGAGUCCUUCGAGAAGGAGCUCUGCAAGGACAAGGACGCCGGCGAGUGGUUCCGCCUGGUGGCCGGCGAAGGUGACAACUGUCGCGACGUCAUCCAGUGUACCUCAUCGGGCCUGCAAGCCAUUCGUUGCCCUGCUGGUCUGUACUUCGAUAUUGAGAAGCAGACCUGCGAUUGGAAGGAGUCGGUGAAGAACUGCAAGUCCAAGAACAAGGAGCGUCGUGUGAAGCCCCUGCUCCACACGGAUGAGCCCCUGUGCCAGGACGGAUUCCUCGCCUGCGGCGAUGGAAACUGCAUUGAGCGAGGUCUCUUCUGCAACGGCGAGAAGGAUUGCUCAGAUGGAUCCGAUGAGAACACCUGUGAUAUCGAUAAUGAUCCCAAUCGUGCUCCACCCUGCGAUCCCGCCGUGUGCGUGCUGCCCGAUUGCUUCUGCUCGGAGGAUGGCACCUCGAUUCCUGGCGAUCUGCCCGCCAAGGAUGUGCCCAUGAUGAUCACCAUCACCUUCGACGAUGCCAUCAACAACAACAACAUCGAGCUGUACAAGGAGAUGUUCAAGAACCGCAAGAAUCCCAAUGGCUGCGACAUCAAGGCCACCUACUUUGUGUCCCACAAGUACACCAACUAUUCGGCCGUGCAGGAAACUGCCCGGAAGGGGCACGAAAUUGCCGUGCACUCGAUUACGCACAACGAUGAGGAGCGAUUCUGGUCGAAUGCCACCGUGGAUGACUGGGCCAAGGAGAUGGCCGGCAUGAGGAUUAUCACGGAGAAGUUUGCCAACAUUACGGACAAUUCGGUGGUGGGCGUGCGAGCUCCUUACUUGCGAGUGGGUGGCAACAAUCAGUUCACCAUGAUGGAGGAGCAGGCCUUCCUGUACGACUCCACCAUCACGGCUCCCCUCUCGAAUCCGCCACUCUGGCCCUAUACCAUGUACUUCCGGAUGCCCCAUCGCUGCCAUGGCAAUCUGCAGAGCUGCCCAACCAGAUCGCAUGCCGUUUGGGAGAUGGUCAUGAACGAGCUGGAUCGUCGCGAGGAUCCCGCCAAUGAUGAGUAUCUGCCCGGAUGCGCCAUGGUGGACUCGUGCUCGAACAUCCUGACCGGCGAUCAGUUCUACAACUUUCUGAACCACAACUUCGAUCGCCAUUACGACCAGAACCGUGCUCCAUUGGGCCUGUACUUCCAUGCCGCCUGGCUGAAGAACAAUCCCGAGUUCCUCGACGCCUUCCUCUACUGGAUCGACGAGAUUCUGGCCAACCACAAUGACGUGUACUUCGUGACCAUGACCCAGGUGAUCCAGUGGAUGCAGAACCCACGCACCAUCAGCGAAGUGAAGAACUUCGAGCCCUGGAGGGAGAAGUGCGUGGUGGAGGGCAAGCCCGCCUGCUGGGUGCCCAACACCUGCAAGCUGACCUCCAAGGAGGUGCCCGGGGAGACCAUCAACCUGCAGACCUGCGUCCGAUGCCCCAACAACUACCCAUGGGUCAGCGAUCCCACUGGCGAUGGUUUCUUCUAAGUCAGCGGUCUUAGUCUUACCCAAAACAAAAC